GAAGACUAUAUAGUCUUUGCUGUGUACUUUCCGUAUCUGUAGAAAAAUCGGCACUUGUAUUGCCUUUUCCCCAUUAGUUAUAUAUGUAUCAGAUCCUGUGUACGUGUAUCUUUAGACAGAUUGUCAUAUGAUUCUUGGAAUCCAGAACGAACGGGCUGCAGAGGUUGUAUAUUUCGAAUUGCACACCAAGUGUUCGAUGAAAUGUCUGACUCAAGUGACGUCUCUAAAAAAUUGAAAAAAAGCCAUGUUUAAGACUUCUGAUAAUCGUGGCUGACCAGGAGUCUAUCUGGGUUGUCGGGUUACUGUAACUAGAAACAGCAUUAAAACUUUUGUAUAUCAUAACUCAGCUUAUAGACAUGGAUGGUGCACUUCUUUCGUGUUCCUUUUGUAACAUCUUAGACACCCGUGUAUCUGCUGGUUUUACCAAGUUCAGGAAGACUGCGAUAGAAAGAAAUAGCCGGGCUGAAGUUAGAUUAGAUUUGAUGGAUCCAUCAAGAACAAGGAUCUAUCUUAGGAAACCAAUCAAGAAAACCACUGAUUCUCAGGGCAAUAACGAGCCGUCGGUUUUCAGGGUCAAUAAAUCAUUAAACGAGGGAAUAAGACCUUUUGAUGACCGUCAUGAUACAAUGUCUAUUGAAAUGGAUGAUGGUAUGGAAACUGACAAUGAUGAAGAGGAAGAACUUAUAGGAGAAAAUAUUGAGUGGGAUCAAGAGGAGAUUGAAACGAUUUCCUCUCUUUUUAGAGGCAGAAUUCCUCGAAAACAUGGGAAAUCAGUUAGAGAAAGGCCUCUUCCUCUCCCUCUUCCAUACAAAAAUCAACCAUUGGGACUCCCUACUUCAAAGAGAUGGUCAAGAACUAUAAAUCCUUCAAGAAAAUCUUUAUCUAGUAGAGUUUACAAAAACCCAACGUUCUUAGUUGGUCUAGCUAAAGAAAUAAAAAAUCUUCAUCCUGAACAAGAUGUUUCCCUAGUUCUUAACAAGUGCAGUCGGUUUCUUAGAAAGGGUUCGUUGUCAUUAACAAUACGGGAAUUGGGGCACAUGGGUCUUCCUGAACGAGCUUUGCAGAUAUUCUGUUGGGUGCAGGAGCAACCUCAUUUGUCCCCAGAUGAUCGGCUUCUUGCUUCAACGGUUGAAGUUCUUGCAAGAAACCAUGAACUGAAGUUAUCUUUCAAGCUUGAAAAGUUCUUGAGCCUGUCAAGUCAGAAUGUGUAUGAGGCAGUAAUGAGGGGGUUUAUAAGAAGUGGCAACUUAAAACUUGCAUACAAGCUCCUUUCAGCUGCCAAAAACGGGAAAAUGAUGCUGGAUUGUGGGGUCUAUGCUAAACUCAUUCUAGAGCUCGGAAAAAACCCUGAUAAUCACUUGCUUGUCAUGAACUUGCUAGAAGAGCUUGGUGAAAGAGAUGAUUUGAAUCUAACACAGCAAGAUUGUACCGCGAUAAUGAAAGUUUGCAUUAGGCUUGGGCAAUUUGAGAUUGUGGAGAGUUUAUAUAAUUGGUAUAAAGAAUCGGGCCAGGAUCCUAGUGUAGUCAUGUACACCACUCUCAUUCACAGUCGAUAUUCUAAUAAUAGUUAUAGAGAUGCACUGGCUUUGGUUUGGGAAAUGGAAGGUUCAAAUUGUCUAUUUGAUCUUCCAGCAUACCGUGUGGUGAUAAAACUUUUUGUUGCUCUUAAUGACCUCUCUAGGGCUGUAAGGUAUUUUUCAAAAUUAAAGGAGGCGGGUUUUUCUCCGGUAUUUGAUAUAUAUAUGGAUAUUAUCAAAAUUUAUGCGGUUCAUGGGAGGAUGGCUAAGUGUAAAGAGGUUUGCAAGGAGGCUGAGGGUGCUGGGUUCAAGGUGGAGGAACAAACAAGGUCCCUACUGAUGCAACUGAACAAAUAAUCUGUAAAAUCACUUGUAUGAUCAUCUCACCUUAGCUUUUCUAUAUUCAACAAAGCUAUUUGAUAGCAUGGUUUAUUGUUGCCUGAAAGUUGUAUGCUUUGUUCACCUCUAUUUGCAAUAAUUACAUCUUCUUUGUGGCUCUUUUCCUAAA